ACCGUCAACUCAAUAGCCACCUCCCUCCCCCGCCCAGCUGUCCAGUGUUCUAGCCAGCCAUAUACUCCCCCUUCCCCCAACACCAAACCUUCUCUGUCUCCCUGACCUCAGUGAGAUUGCAGCCAGGCUGGAGACCUGUGGGAGACAUGGAGAAAGAGACAGGAGACCCCUUGGCUGGAGCUGACCACCAGAGUAGGCAGUCAUGGCUGGAGAAUUGGAUAACAGAGUAAUGUUUGACCUCUGAAAACAUCCCUUACAGGACAUCCGGUCAAAAUUCACUAGCUAGGAGGGUCAUCAGCUGGAAAGAACCGGAGCCUGGGGGGACCUGGAUGGAUAGGUAUGGGGGAUCCAGGCCAGUCCCCUAGUCCCCGGUCCCCCCAUGGCAAUCCCCCAACUCUAAGCACUCUCACUUUCCUGCUGCUCCUCUGUGGACAUGCUCAUUCUCAAUGCAAGAUCCUCCGCUGCAACGCUGAGUAUGUUUCGUCCACUCUAAGUCUAAGAGGCAGUGGUUCGCCAGGAGCGCUUCAAGGAGGAGGAGGAGGAGGAGGAGGAGGCCGGGGUGGCGGGGUGGGCUCCGGCGGCCUCUGCCGUGCCCUCCGCUCCUACGCACUUUGCACUCGGCGCACGGCCCGCACCUGCCGAGGGGACCUCGCCUUCCACUCAGCAGUGCACGGCAUCGAAGACCUGAUGAUUCAGCACAACUGCUCCCGCCAGGGUCCCACGGCCCCGCCUCCGCCCCGAGGCCCUGCCCUCGCAGGCGCAGGCCCAGUCCGCUCUUCCGGUCCCCCAGCUCCUGACCCCUGUGAUUAUGAAGGCCGAUUUUCCCGGCUGCACGGUCGUCCCCCGGGCUUCCUGCAUUGCGCCUCCUUCGGGGACCCUCACGUGCGCAGCUUCCACCAUCACUUUCACACGUGCCGAGUCCAAGGAUCUUGGCCCCUGCUGGAUAACGACUUUCUCUUUGUCCAGGCCACCAGCUCCCCCGUAGCUUCGGGGGCCAACGCCACCACCACCCGGAAGCUCACCAUCAUAUUCAAGAACAUGCAGGAAUGCAUUGACCAGAAGGUCUACCAAGCUGAAGUGGACAAUCUUCCUGCAGCCUUUGAAGAUGGUUCUAUUAAUGGAGGGGACCGACCUGGGGGCUCAAGUUUGUCCAUUCAAACUGCUGACCCUGGGAGCCACGUGGAGAUCCAAGCUGCCUAUAUUGGCACAACCAUAAUCAUUCGGCAGACAGCUGGGCAGCUCUCCUUCUCCAUCAAGGUAGCUGAGGAGGUAGCCAGGGCCUUCUCAGCUGAGCAGGACCUGCAGCUCUGUGUGGGAGGGUGCCCCCCAAGUCAGCGACUCUCUCGAUCAGAGCACAGUCGUCGGGGAGCUAUCACCAUUGAUACUGCCAGACAAUUGUGCAAGGAAGGACUGCCAGUUGAAGAUGCUUACUUCCACUCCUGUGUCUUUGAUGUUUUAAUCUCCGGCGAUCCCAACUUCACUGUGGCAGCUCAGAUAGCUCUGGAGGAUGCCCGAGCCUUCCUGCCAGACUUAGAGAAGCUGCAUCUCUUCCCCUCAGAUGCUGGGGCUCAUCUCUGCUCUGCAUCCUUCCUAGCCCCACUCUUUUCUGGGCUCUUUGUUCUGUGGUUUUGCAUUCAGUAAUUAGGCCAGCAAUCCCAUGGCUAGUUUGGGGAUGAUAUGGAGACAGGGAUUGUCAGGGAAGAACAUAAACACUGAAGGAAACUGAGAAGACACCAGAAACAUUGACGUUACCCGGAGUCAGAUAAGGCUGCAGACCAGGGCUGAAGUUAUCACAGGACAAGGAUUCUAGCAAAGAUUUGCAUUCCACACUUCUCUAGGGGCUCGUCACCAAAUUUCUAAGUCCCCUUUAUAGUAAGCUGACUAUUCCAGUUCAUAUAUUCCUGAGACCAUCCAUACAGGCUUAGAGGUUAAGGGGUUCCUAAUGAUCAGAAAACUUAAGGGUUGAGACUUCUGAGAAG